GAAAGAGAAUCAGGAGAAGACCGUUUGGUCCAGGCACCGGAGAGUCUUCAAUGGCUAAUCAAGAGUGGGCAAGGCGGGGAUACGAGGACACCGAGGCAUGCGGACGACGGCCGGGUUCUGGAAACUGACUGUGCUUCAACUUCUUCUUUCGCAAGAGAUGAGCAGAGACAAGAGAAAAUAGCAGGAAGAAAGUAAAGAAAAAACAAGCAAGAAGGGGAGAUGUCCAAGACCUCUUCCCGCCUGGGUCGACCUGGAUCCAAGAACUUCAGUUCAAGGAUGGACCCGCAAGGUAACCGCUCAUGCAUGCUGCGCAUCGGGGAGAGGCUGAUGAGAGCCGGCAGCGAGGGAAACUUGGCCCAAAGGCCCUUUUUGACCCAGAGCCAGAACCAAAACAAGGCUUCCGGAUUAGGACAAGGACCUGAUGGAACAACCAAAGUGGACUCUUCUGUGGAGGACACGGUUCUGGAGCCUGCAGGGAAGUAUUGUAGUGAAGACCCCGGGACCCCGUCUCUGGCCCCCUGCUCCUCGGCUCUGAGCUGUGAGUCGGAGCCAGCGAGCACGCGUCACGCCAACAACAACCUGCUCCCGGACCCCGGUGGACCUCCCGCCUCUCCCGCCACGCGUCCUAGAAACCAGAGUGUGGCGAGUCAGCACUCGCAGGUGGCGAGGAAGAAGGAGGUGUUCCUGGACCACCUGAGGCAGAAGUACCCAGACCACGCCGACAUCAUCCUGGGACACCACGAGGAGAAGAUGUGGGGCCCCGUGGCCCCUGAGGGUCGGUGUGACGCAGACAUGAGUGAUGGAGACUGGCAGACGGUCCCUUUCUCCAGGGGCUGCAGGUCCAGGUCUAGUCUGCCUGUGGGACGAUCCGGCAACCAAGACCAGGAGCCGCUUGGUGUGCUGUACCUGCAGUAUGGAGACCAGACCAAGCAGGUCCACGUGCCCACAGAGAUCAGCAGGGACCAGGACCUGCACGACCUCUUUCUGGCGGCUUUCCCUCAGCAGCUCACCGCCAACAUGCUAAAGUCUCCCAACAUGGCCGUCUACAUCAAAGACGCUCGCCGCAACCUCUACUUCCACCUGGAGGACGUCAGAAACAUCACAUCCCGCUCAUGUCUGAAGGUUUAUCACAAAGAUCCAUCACACGUGUUCAACCGCCACGCCCGGCCCGCCGCCGCAGAAGGACGGGUGGCGUACGGCAGUCACAGUCCAGUCCACACUCUGUCAUCGCCCGGCCGAGCCGCCCUGCAGAGCUCCAUGUCGCCCCCUAUGGUGCGCUCCAUGCCCUCCUCGCCGUCCAGGUUGGCCUACAGUGGGAGGAGCUCCCCGGGCCUGGCGGCGGGGGCGGAUGCGGGCAGUACUGCCUUGCUCAGGGACCGGCUAUCUGGGACGGGGCGGUCCGGCAGCCUGAGCGGCAGCAGCGCCAUACUGGAGAGGAGAGACGUCAAACCUGAUGAAGACGUAAACAACAACAAGAAGAAGAAGACCACGGCCCUAGUGCUGCGUGCAGAAGGAGGACUACAUUACCCAGAAUCUCUCAGCAGCUUAGCUUCCUGCCCGAGUAGUUCUUCUUCUUCCCUGGCAGCAGACGUGCAGGACUGUGGUCUCUCUGGGCUCUCUGGCGUCUCCGCUGGUCUGCAGCAGUACCACGCCUCCAUCAGACCUCUACCGGGUCACGCCGACACCUUGGAACAACAAACACAAUCCUCACACAGACAAAGAGGAAACAGGAAGUACGUCGACAGCCAACUUCCUGCUUUCACCAGCCAAACCCCGCCCCCUUCCCCUCAAAGAGUGAAAGAAGUGAAGACGGCCAAUCAGAUCAUCGGGGGGUUAGGUCUGGUCUCCGCGGACAAGAUGGCUUCCAGGCGGCCACCUUCAAGGCGGGAAAGUGAGGGCGUUGCCAUGGAGACCAUGAGCAGGAGAAGAGGCAGUGGCUCCUCCUCCUCCUCCUCCUCCGUCUUUCUGGACUUUGGCCCCGCCCCCCCUGAACCGCUGGGUCACAUGACCGCCUUCCACGCUCAGAGUGAGAGACUGAGGGCCAUGGAGGAACAGAUCUCCAGUCUAGCAGGAAUGGUCCAACAUGUUUUGUCCACAGGAGACAAGAACACAUUUGUCAGUGAGAGCAGAGAGAAAAGUCCAGCAGUUGCGAUGAGCGACAGAAUAGGUUCCGCCUCCGUCGCUCGUCAGGCUCCGCCCACCGAGAGCAAAGCCCAGCAGAGUUUGGCGCAGCUGAGAAGAAGUGUGUGUGACCUUCGACUGCAGCUGACUCACCUGAGACACCUGCAGGUGUCGCAGCAGCAAAGCACCAGGUCCAUGCUGCGGAUGGCCGAGCAGGAGCUGGUCUUGCUGAUGUCCGAGCGCUGGUCUCAGACCGAGGACAGGACUUGUGGACCACGAGUCCAGAUGGAGGAGGAGAGACUGCACUACCUGGCCACUGAGGAGAGCAUCCUGCAACAACUCAGCCACCUGGAGGCGUACGUGAGUCGCUUGCAGACGAGCGGCGUUUCUUUUCCUGCCCACGUGCCCACGGCCCUGAGAGACGUGGAGGAGGGGGCGGUGAACCUGCGCAGAGUCGGCCAGACCCUCGCCGCCCUGAAAGAAGAGUUUCCAGAACUGCAAGUGAAGAUGCGCUCAAUGCUCCGGUUGGAGAUGGACGCGGUGCGGUUUUUGAAGGAGGAGCCCCAGAAGAUGGACUCCAUGUUGAAGAGGGUCAAAGCCCUGACUGAAGCUCUCAGCUCCCUCCGCAGAUGCGUGUCGGAAUCAAGUCCCGCAGCCAGGGGGGAGUCCGUAAGAGUCCUGGAAGCGGACCAGGAGCGGAGUCCGCACACCUCCCCGAAACCGCAGCCCCGAAACCGGGCUCCACCUGGUCUACCUUCCACUUUAGCGCAGCCUGAGCUGGUGUUUGCAGGCCCAGGUUCUCCGGUCUCAACACGCCGAGUGAAGACCACCGUGAUCCAAGCCCACCAGCAUAGUCCGCCCCUGACGCCCACCCACGGACGAGACCUACCAACCGUGGCUAAGGUGAGUCCUCGCAGUCGAGAGGGAAGCCCCGCCCUGCAGAAGCGGCCCGGUGGUCCUGACACCGUCCGCUCCAGUGAAGUUCACAGGUCCAGUGUGCCAGAACCCAGUCACACCUCGGACCAGGUCCAGACUUGUGUCCAGGACGCCAGCAGAGCCCCCGAGACUGCAGGGAGAGAAAGUCCGGAAGGAAGUCCCAAGCGGACCUCCCAGGUCACCGAGGACUUGGACCAAGUCCUCCGGGAGGCCCGGGCCAGCCUGACCAAGUCCACCCCGGAAACUACAGAAGCAGAAGCGUCUCCGAGCAGCAGACGGAGCCCCCGGACGCAGGUGGAGAAACCUCGGCGACCCAGCGUGGAGAAGAAGCCGAGUCCCGACCCGGGUCACAGUUCCCCGAGUCCCCCGAGGAGGUCGCAGGCCCUCAGCAGCGGUGUAGCCGCGGGAAGGACUGGAGAAGUUCUCUUCACCGCCAGGAAGGAAGCUGCUGGAUCACAGAAGGACGUGGGAGACAAAGAGACGUCUGUUGUUCCUCAAGCUAAACCCCCGAGACAAGCACCAGAAGUCAGACCUAAACCUGUGGACGCUCCUGCGGACCAUGAAGCUGGCCGGAGGUUUAUGAAAGAACUGCAGGUACAGUACAGAACGGUUACUCCAGAAACGCCCAGCAGUACUUUGCCAAGUGAGAAAGGUAUGUUCGAAGUCCAACCAAAGACACUUCCAGAAGCAAAGGUGCCUGGUCAGAAUCCCUCGCCGACAAUGAACACCAAGUCAAAGUCCCAUGUAGAACCUCCUAGUGGUUGCCUUGACUACCAUUCGAUGACUGUCGCAUCAGGGGGAGUCUAUAAAUCUGGGCAAGGGUCUCACCAGAACGAAGAAAACAAAAUAGUCGAACACGAAUCGAAGUCUAACGUUAUGCGGACUCCGAAGAGUGAGGAACCUCCAAGUGCAGUCUCCAAAAAUGAUCAAGUCCAAAACAUCGAGGAACGUUUGAGCCAAGAUAAAGAUGGCGUGUCUCGGGUGGCCAGAACGGGUGAUCGGGCAACCGUCCGUUCAAUCCCAGAAAACACGAUUUUAACAACAGGCACGGAAAUAGCUGCUGAGCUUGAGAAGUGUGCUCGCAGUUCAUCAGACUUGCAAACGCUGCAAAGACCACAAGCUUCAGGUGUUUGUGUCCAAGAAUCGUCGCCAGACCGUAAGCAGGACCCAAAUGCAGACACGGACGGAAAUGGCAAGCAGCCAACCCAAAAGCUCGAUUUGCAGCACUCUGAAGAAGAAGGGAGUUUGAGUCCUGAUAUUUUAGACGAAGGGGGAUCACCUCCCCCACCUCCUCCAGCCAGUAAGAUUGCCCUUCGCUUGGCAAAGAAAAAAAUCAGAGCACUGUCCAAAGAACAAGAUCUGGACCGAGUGAAUGUCUCUGGCACCCAAACAACAGCAGCGUUAGGAAAAGCGGUGCAGCCCAUUGGUCGGGUUUAUGAUAACCAAGGUUUUGAGGACAAUGACAAGCAGCCCUUUAAUGACCUUCAGUCAGACUUUAAGCGCCUGUCUACGAUCUUUGAAUCAGAGGAGGAUCUGGAUCGGAUUGUUUCUCCAGAGAGUCCUGUGGAAGAGGAGGAUGUUGAGCAAGUCUCCUUAGCAAAUAUAAGCUCAGGAUCCAAAGACAUUUCACUGCCAAACCGACCUCAAACAGAUAACUCUGUGGAUGGAAACCAAGACAGGAGUAAACCAGGCAAGGCAGUGACUAAAUUUAAAUUCAAGUUUCCCAAAAGCAAACUGGCUAGUAUUGGCCUGACCAUUCGAUCAGGGAAAACCGAAAAGAAGACUCCUGAAGUGGCUGUACCGAAACAAGAGGAAGUAACGACAUCAGACCGAAAGCCUGAGUCCAAGAAACUGAGCAAAAAAUCUGGCAGGUUUAGGAUUCCUGGGUCCAAACAAAACCUCAGCCAUGACAAGCUCAAUGGAACUAGUCCAGAUUCUUCUUUUACCAGUGAACACGUCUUUAAGCCCAAGUCCCACAGCCAAGCAGAAGAGCUGAGUAAGACAACGUCAAACUCCUUUGACAGUUUAGAUGAGUCCAUUAAACGUCUGGAAAUCAGCAAGGACAGUUUCAGAAGGUCUUCCUCUUCUGUGGCUCCCUUUCCUGCUGCAUUGCCCGUCUCUUCCUCCAGUGACAGGGCUCGUUCUUCAGGCAAGGUCAGGCGACAGAGGGAAGGAAGCCCAUCAAAGAGGCCGGCCCCUGAGAUCCCCACCAGCCCAAAUUCACCCAAGAGCAAGAGGGUCAAACCACAACCUCCAAACUAACCAGUGAAAUCCUCUACCAAGAAACAGACCACCGGCUCUUCGGCCCAGCGAUCCCACAUCACCACGUCUUGUCGUUCAAUUCCCUCUUCAGGCUCACCUGAGAAGGCGCCCAAGCCUGCCCAGAAGAAACCCAGUCAGUCGAGUCCCGCCGACUCCCGACCGUGAACCUCACCGGAGCAAGCGUCAGCGCCGCCCUGGCUCCGCCUCUGGCUCCGCCUCUCAGCUCACCUGCUACUCGUCUUCGUCCUCACCGUGCUCCUCGUCUUCGUCCUCGCCGCGCUCCCCCUCCCCUUCCUCCUGUCUCCUGCACGCCGUGGUGGCGAGUCAUGGAGGGCGGAGUCUCCCGGCGUCUUUGUCCAACGGCGCUACUCGCAGCAGGAAAUACGUCAAAGGUAGCGACGCACAGCGCUGCUAGCCACCAAGUACGCUAACACAACAAACCAAACAUGCUAACACAACAAACCAAACAUGCUAAGUUAUGAGUCAUGAUAACACAGAAGGGCCAUUUCACCAAAUGCUAACAGUUAGCAGGCGUCAGGUAUCAAAAAGAUAUGACCUCUGAGUCUUACACCAGCAAAAUUAGAUUUAAGAAAAAUGCUAACAUGCUAACAUUAGCAUGCUAAAAUGCUAACAGGUGUCAGGUUUCAAAAGAUAUGACCUCUAAAGCUUACACCUGCAAAAUGAGAUUUUUAAAAAUAGCUAGCAUGUUAACAUUAGCAUGCUCAAAUGCUAACAGUUAGCACGCGUCAGGUAUCAAAAGAUAUGACCUUGGAAGCAUAUACCUGCAAAAUAAGAUUUUUUUUUAUUAAAGCUAGCAUGCUAACAGUUAGUAGGCGUCAGGUAUCAAAAGAUAUGACCUCUGAGGCUUACACCUGUAAAAUGAGAUUAAAAAAAAAAAAAAUUGCUAGCAUGCUAAUGUUAGCAUGCUAAAAUGUUAACAGUUAGCAGGCGUCAGGUAUCAAAAGAUAUGACCUCUGAGUCUUAUACCAGCAAAAUUAGAUUUAAAAAAAAUGCUAACAUGCUAACAUUAGCAUGCUAAAAUGCUAACAGUUAACAGGUGUAAGGUAUCAAAAAAAUAUGACCUCUGAGGCUUACACCUGCAAAAUGAGAUUUAAAAAAAAAUAUUGCUAGCAUGCUAACAUUAGCAUGCUAAAAUGUUAACAGUUAGCAGGCGUCAGGUAUCAAAAGAUAUGACCGCUAAAGCUUACACCUG